CUGGCAGCGGUGCCCCGAAGUGGUAUCACUGCGGCUCGAAGUUACGACAGCACACCAUCACACCGGCCGGCGUCAGCUGUUUCUGCACCAUGGCUCUCAGCGGCACCAACCGGAUGGCCCUCACCAGGUGCCCCAGGCUCCUCCCCAAUGUGUGCUCCAGGGCAAGCUCCUGGUGGAGUGGAGUGGAGAUGGGACCACCUGAUGCCAUCCUAGGUGUAACUGAGGCCUUCAAACGAGAUUCCAACCCCAAAAAGAUGAAUCUUGGCGUGGGUGCUUACCGAGACGAUAAUGGCAAGCCUUUUGUGUUGCCCUCAGUUAGAAAGGCUGAAGAACUGCUUGUCAGCCAGAAGUUGGACAAGGAAUACUUGCCCAUAUCUGGCAAUGCUGAAUUCUGCAAGGAAGCAAUCAAGCUGGCCCUUGGAGAUGACAAUCCAGCACUUGCUGAUGGCCUGAAUGUGACAGUCCAAGCAAUCUCUGGAACAGGUGCUCUCAGGGUUGGGUCUGCUUUCUUGUCCAAAUUCUUCCCAGGUCCAAAGAAUGUGUGGCUGCCAGCUCCUACCUGGGGUAACCACGUUCCCAUUUUCAAGCACGUGAAUAUGGAUGUCCAGCAGUAUAGGUACUAUGACCCCAAGACCUGUGGCUUCAAUUUUUCAGGGGCCCUGGAAGAUAUAGCGAAAAUCCCUAAAGGGAGCUUGAUUAUGCUGCAUGCAUGUGCACACAACCCAACAGGGGUGGAUCCAAAGCCUGAGCAGUGGGAUGAAAUGAGCAAGGUCAUUAAAGAGAGAGAGCUUCUUCCUUUCUUUGAUAUGGCGUAUCAGGGCUUUGCAUCUGGAGAUGUAGCAAGAGAUGCUUAUGCUGUGAGAAAAUUUUUGGAAGACGGCCACAAAAUUUGUCUGUCACAGUCCUUCUCCAAAAACAUGGGAUUAUAUGGUGAGAGAGCUGGAGCAUUCAGUAUCAUAUGCCAAGACAAGGAUGAAGCUGCACGUGUAUUGUCCCAGGUGAAGAUUUUGAUUAGACCCAUGUAUUCCAAUCCUCCCCUUCAUGGAUCACGCAUUGUCGCCGCAAUCCUCACCAAUCCUGAGCUUCGUGCCAUAUGGUUGAAUGAUGUCAAAGGCAUGGCUGAUCGCAUCAUUUCAAUGCGUACCAAGCUGAAAGCAAAUCUUGCCAAAGAGGGCUCUGUGAAGGAUUGGUCACACAUUACAGAGCAGAUUGGCAUGUUCUGCUUCACUGGAAUGACCCCAGAUCAGGUUGACAAGCUGACAUCAGAGUUCUCGGUAUAUCUUACAAAAGAUGGACGAAUUUCUGUAGCAGGUAUUGCCUCCACAAAUGUUGACUAUCUUGCUCAUGCUAUGCACCAAGUUACUAAGUAAUAUGGGUUGAAGCAUGUUGGCAUUGUCUCACAGAAACCAAAAUGUUAGAUUAUUAAAUUAAGGUAAUUAAUUUUCAAUGUAAAACUUGUGUACUGCCAAUUUUAAACAUGUUUUGUGGGCCUAAAAUGUUAACUUUUGAAUAUUUUAUUGAUGACUGAAGGUUAUGAAGAAUUUAAUACUCAUAAUGCAAUGAAUGAAGUUUUAGGGCAACACUGUAAAGUUAUUAACUACUGUAAGUACAUAGUACUUUUGUGUGCUAAAGGAUGAGUAACAGAAUAAUGUAGAACUGGCAAUAAGUGUAGAUAUGACAUUAGUAAGUGUACCCAAAUUUAAUGUAGUAUGUAUAGACUAGAAAAGAAAAACAUUAUGGUCGAACAGAAAAAGGCUUGAGUUGCCUAGGAAAUUAAUGAGUUAGUGCGUAUUAUGUUAACAUAAAUUUUUAAAUAUGUUCACCUUAAAAGCACAUGCAGAGUCAUGUAUUUUAAUGUAAAAACUUCUGUAAAUAGUGCCUGAACUGACAAGAAAAAUUAGCAUAUUAAACUUUUUUUUUUUUUGCUGAUUUGUUUGUAAAUACCUUGAUAUUCCUUGUUUUUCAAUAGCAACCACAAUUAUUUAAAUAAUUUGUCACAGUGAGAAUUGCCAUGCAUUAUGGGCAUACUCCAAGUCAUUGGCAAAAAGUCCAGAAAUGUACUGACCACUGAAAAGUUAAUGGCAACAAAUUAAGGAAAUGGCAAAAUGUCUAACCCCUUCACUCUGGCGACGUCACCGUAUGGAAAGGGUUAGUCCUCUUCUAAACCCCUUAAGAGGAAGUGGAAGAGGAAUUUAGAGGUUUAAUCCUCUUCCAUUUCCUCUUGACCCUUUCCAUACAGACGCUGACAUCUGCGUUACCGAUGGGAAGGGGUAAGUGAUUACUAAUGUAGUAGUUUUCUUUGUUAUGUACCAUAUUUUCUGAGAUUAGUGUUGUAGGAUUUUAAAACUAUAUAUUACUUUGUUGUCCUAGAUGUUAUUUUUCUAGGCUUACUUCAUGAGAAAGGUAUCAUCUUCAAUGCUGGAAAAUAUUAUAAUUUUCACCUUUUACUGCAUCAGCAAAAAAAAAGAAAAAAAUGUUAGGUGGUAGGGAAAUAGCAAGAAACUUAGUUUCCAUCAGUGCUACCAACUGUUGCAUAUGUAAAAUAAUCAUGUCAGUAAGUUUGCUGAUUAAAACAUUGGAUUAUUUUCUACAAUAUUGUUUCAUAACUUAAAUCAUACAUCAAGAGCUUGAAAAUAUUUAAUAUUUUCAAAACAAUAGGUAAUGGUGUAAAUUUUAAUGUUUGAAAAUUAAAUCUCUACAAGUAUAAA